AUGAAGCUUCCCGAAGACAAGCAUCCGGAAAUUUUCGCAUCAGUAUUGGAUAAGCUUCAAGAAGCCGUCCCCGAUAAACUUAUCCAGGUCGCAUGCGUGGAUAUAAUCUGUAGAGAUACGGAGGAAUCCUUGCAUUUGCACGACGACGGGCCAUACAGGUUCAGGCUGAUUCCGGCAACAGAAUCAUUCAUUCAGGCUUUGGAGGAAGCGAGUCCGGUUGAUGAUGAUGAAGUGUGUGCUAUUUGUAGGGAUAUGUUUGCACAGAAUAAAGAUAGCAGCAGCAGCAUUACUAAGUUGCCCUGCUCCCACUAUUAUCAUCGAGAUUGCAUCGUCGCAUGGCUCCGGAUUAAUCAUCUCUGUCCUACUUGUGGGCACCGGAAUCUGAAUGCCCCGUCUAGCUAG